AUGUCAUUCACAUCCAAGCUUGGAGAUGAUUUCCUUAAGGUCCCAAAGCUCUUGGCAGAUGGAGAGAACUGGGUAACAUACAAGGACAGGCUAAUGUGGUCUUUGGAUGCUCAUGGGCUGCUCAGGUACAUAGAUGGUACUGAGACAAUGCCAGUCAACCCCCAGGCUGGGAUCUACUUGUGGUGGAAGUACAUCAAUGAGAACAAGAUCUCUAUCCCAAAGGUGCACAAUGCCAACCUAUGUGACAUGACCAAGGAAUCCAUGAUAUGGCAGAAUGAGGCAAUCCCCACAGCAAUAGCAAUAGCAGAUCUCUGGCAGCCAGAAGGGCAGUGCAGGUUCAACAUUGAUGACCUUUUUGAGGACUACCAGGAGUGGGUAGGGGAGAGAGCACAGUUGGAGGCUGAGAGGUUAGCCAAGGCACCAUCCAUGCACACCCAGGGCCAAGCAGCAAGAGGUGAGGGCCAAGACCAUGCACCAGAAGACACCAAAGGAAACCCAUCAAGAGGAGCUGCACACUUGACAGGGGAGGGCUCUGGUAGUGCGAGCAAGGGAAAAGGGAAGCAGAAGGCCACCAGUAAGGAGGAUGAGCUGGCUGACAACAUUGAUGAUGAUGAGGGUGAUGGUGAACCAGGUCCAUCUGCAAAGGGACCUUGCACAGCUGGGGACAAUGAGCCCUGUGAGAUGUGUGCCCAGGCAAACCUCACAUGCAUUGGGGAGCCAGAAGCAUCCUGCAAAUGGUGCAGGAAGGCAAAAUGCAAGUGCUCACACUCUCAAGGCAUAGGGAGAAAGAACUCUGGUACCAUUGGGGAGGCAGGGCCAUCCCACAAACAAGUCAAAUCAUUUACAACCUUGAAGCUGGCCCCAGCAGAAUCUGUGACCAAACCUGUCAAGAAGCUUACUCCAAAAAUUCUGGCUCAAAAAUGGCAGCCUGAUCUGACCCCCACACACUCACCUUCACCAGAUCCAGCCCCUUUGCCAGCACCCUGUCUCUUUUUCCACAGAGCCACUCCAAUGCCCAGACCUUCAUUCAAGCCCUCACCAGUCCCUGUCAAUGAUCCUCAUGUGUCACUUCUGAUCAAUGAACCACAAGUCAAGAUUGAACCAUUUUUUGCAACUGUGACCAGUUUAUUGGAUGAACCUGGAGAUGUCAAAGUGACAGCCCAGAGCAACACUCCAUUGGCUGCAGAAAUUCCAGAGGUUGAAUACCAACAUGAGUGGUCAACAGCGAACAUCAUUGAGUGUCUGCGAGUGGUCAAGGCAAGGGCCAAGGACAAGGAAUUCAAGCUGGAGCAGGUCUACUGGCUGCUGGAGAUGUUGUCAAGGUGGGUAACACAUCAGAUCAAGACUGUGUGGGCUAGAUGGGAGGAGCUGCAAAGGUUGAAGGACAAUCUCUGGGACCUGUAA